AUGGCUUCUAACGGAAAGAAUGGGCAAGCUGUGAUGGUGGAGGUCCCAAAAAAAUACCCACACAAGACUAAAGUGGAGGAGGAGCGGGGACACUGGGGGACCAAAACAGAGUUCAUCCUCACUGUGAUGGGAGCCAUCAUCGGACCUGGGAAUGUGUGGAGGUUCCCAUACCUGUGCUACAAAAACGGCGGAGGUGUCUUCUUCAUCCCAUACAUUCUCUUCUUAUUCACAUGCGGAAUACCCCUGUUCUUCCUCGAGACAGCAUUAGGGCAGUACACCAGCCAGGGGGGGAUCACUUGCUGGAGAGGGAUCUGUCCGCUCUUCCAAGGCAUGGGUUACGCCAGCCACCUGAUCAUCGCGUUCAGUGCCACCUCUUACGUCAUGAUCCUCACGUGGGCGUUCUUUUACCUGUUUUCAUCCUUCGGUUCGGACUUGCCUUGGGCCUCCUGUGGCAACUACUGGAACACAGAAUCGUGCUUCGACAACCAUAAGAAUAUGAGCAUAGAGUCUAGAAUGAACACCACCCUUCCAGUUGUGGAGUUCUGGCAACGGCGGGUCUUAAAUAUCUCUAGCGGUAUUGACCAGUUGGGCAGUUUGAGGUGGGAACUGGUCCUGUGUCUCAUCCUGAGCUGGGUCAUCUGCUACUUUUGCAUCUGGAAGGGAAUCAAAUCAACAGGAAAGGCAGCCUACUUCACAGCCACCUUCCCUUAUCUCAUGCUCUUCAUUCUGCUCAUACGGGGCGUUACCCUACCGGGAGCAAUCGAUGGAAUCAUUUACUACCUCUACCCUGAUAUCUCUCGCCUCUCAGAUCCCCAGGUGUGGAUGGAUGCUGGCACUCAGAUCUUCUUCUCUUAUGCCAUUGGCCUGAGUUUCCUCACCACCCUUGGGAGUUACAACCCCUAUAAUAACAACUGUUACAGAGACUGUUUCUACCUGUGUCUGCUGAACAGCGCCACCAGCAUUGUGGCAGGCUUCGCCAUUUUCUCAGUUCUGGGUUUCAUGACGUACGAGCAAGGCGUGGACAUUUCUGAAGUGGCGGAGUCAGGCCCAGGGUUGGCAUUCAUUGUGUACCCACGUGCUGUAGCUAUGAUGCCCAUGCCACAGGUGUGGUCAGUGUGUUUCUUUCUCAUGAUCAUUCUACUUGGACUGGACAGCCAGUUUGUUGGGAUGGAAUGCGUGAUGACAUCACUCGUCGAUCAUUUCCCCACUUACCUGCGUCAAGGCUACAGACGUGAGCUGACCCUGCUGGUCAUCUGCUGUUUCUGCUUUUUGCUAGGACUCCCCUUGGUGACUGAGGGGGGGAUAUACCUACUCCAGCUGUUAGACCACCAUGUCUGCAGUGGCACCACCCUGCUCCUCCUCUCCUUCUGCCAGUCGAUCACUAUCGGGUGGGUUUACGGUGCUGAUCGUUUUUAUGACAACAUCGAAGACAUGAUUGGUUACAGACCAAAUCGGUUCAUGAAGUACUGCUGGUGCUAUAUAACUCCCUUCAUCUGUUUUGGAACUUUCGUCUUUUCUAUUGUCAAAUAUUCUCCACUGAGGUUCAGCAACAGCUACGUAUAUCCACUGUGGGCCAACAUCCUCGGCUGGUUCAUCGCCACAGUCUCCCUGUCCCUCAUCCCGCUGUUUGUGUUGAUCAAAAUGAUCCGAGGAAAAGGUACCAUUGCGGAGCGCCUCCUAUUUCUCUGCCAGCCUGUAGAAGACAUGGAUCUAAAGCAUCCCUCUCCCGCUCAGGGAAGCAAUGUCACAACUUCCUUAUCGGAUCGGGACCGUCUGGCCCACACUGGUGAACUCACUCAGUUAACGAACUACACAGAUGUGACAAGUGUACCCUCAACAGGGUUUCAGUCUUAAUAGAGAUUGUACGUGUCGUCUGAGAACCUGUACUGCAUCAAUGUUUUGAUGAAAAUGUAUUAUCGGCAAAUGUCUUAGAAAGCUUUGCCCCUACCUCUGUAUACACAAUGGGCAAUUAAGCCUCACUCAUUAGUGAACAUAUGACAUCUUGUUUCCGUCCAUUAAUAAGGUAUUAUUAAUGGUUUCACUCGAUGAAGUGUAAACAUUUUUUUUUAUUAUUCAUUUCUGGACAGCGAUUAAAUAAUAGAUACUGUCAUAAAGAUAUGAUCUUUUUCCCAUACUGGAGUCAAUCCUCUAGUUAUCCAGUUCACUUCAACCCUGUCAGAUUCAGGAGCCCGCUUUUCUUUUCUUUUUUUUUCCACAGGGUAGUGCUUUGUAAAGCACUACCACGUUUACAAGAGUCCUAAGACAUUCAGGUGAAUUAUUAAGUAGAAUACCAGUUAUGCAUAAAGCUGCAAAGCAAAAAUAUGAGAGUGGAGAUGAAAAGUGACAAAAAUACGACGGUCAGAAUAACCUAACAGGUGUUUCAGGCACAAGGAAUUUUAGAGUCAGGAGGUGAGCACAAAUGUACAUAAAGAGAAGGGUCACACACACACACACACACACACAAAUACACACACACACCUGCUGCAGAGCCACAGCAACCACCUUAAAUUUUUGUGGCUGGUUGAUGCACCAUGAAUAUGAAUAUACUGUGUAUACUCUUAUAACCUUUCUUUUUUUAU